UUGUUGGCGAUAAAACUUGAACUGGCGCAAAGAAAGAGCAGGUACGUAACAAGAUCCGCCCUAUCCACCCUCGCCUCGUUAAAAAUGAGAAACAUCAGGGCAGAGAAAUGAAGCUACAGAAUGGCGGGCAAAUUUUUUGGUUUCAUCGCUGCGACUGUGUUGAUCGUACUUCAAUCGGGACAGGAGGUGUUGGCAAGCGGAACACCUCAACCGGAACAGAUUCACAUAUCCAGCACAGGUGACCCCACAGAAAUGAUGAUCACGUGGGUGACGAUGGCCGAGUCAGUUAAGAGCGUUGUGGAGUAUGGGGAGAGGUACAAACUACCGCUGAACAAGAAAACAUUCGGUUCUGCUACCAAGUACAAAGCUUGUGGCUGGAAGAAGCGGAUCAUUUAUAUGCAUCGAGUCAAGCUCGAAGGAUUGACUCCGGGUUCUGGAUAUGAUUAUCGAGUUGGCAGCUCAGAUGGCUGGAGCGCCUUAUACAAUUUUAACGCCACAAAAGCUGGAACGGCCUGGCAACCGAGAUUUGCCAUAUAUGGAGAUCUAGGAGUAGACAACGCCCAGUCUCUCUCCAAGCUACAGAAGGAGGUUCAGGGAGGACAAUACGAUGCCAUUUUGCAUGUUGGCGACUUUGCUUACAAUAUGGAAUCAGAUAAUUCACAAGUAGGAGACAGGUUUAUGAAUCAAAUAGAGCCGAUGGCCGCGUACGUUCCUUACAUGACAUGCCCUGGGAACCACGAACAAGCUUGUAACUUUUCCAACUACAGAGAGCGUUUCAGUAUGCCUGGUGACACAGAAGGAAUUUAUUACAGUUGGAACAUUGGACCAGUACACAUCAUAAGUUUUAGUACAGAAUUGUACUACUUCCUUGAAUAUGGCAUGGAACCUCUUGUUCGGCAAUACAAGUGGCUUCAACGAGAUUUAGAGGAAGCCAGUAAGCCAGAAAAUCGAGCACAGCGUCCCUGGAUAAUAACUAUGGCACACAGACCCAUGUAUUGUUCCAACGCUGUGGGUGACGGCUGUGAAAAUCACGAAAAUGCCAUAAGGACAGGAUUAUCGUCGGCGAAGCUGUUUCCUUUAGAAGAUCUUUUAUACAGACAUGGGGUGGAUGUAGAGUUUUGGGCUCACGAACAUUCCUAUGAGCGCCUUUAUCCAGUGUAUAAUCAUCAGAUCCGGAGCGGUUCAAAAGAAAAGCCAUACACCAAUCCAAGGGCACCUGUACACAUCACCACGGGAUCAGCGGGAUGCAAGUAUUGCCAUGACAAAUUCAAGAGAGAUUACGGUCCUUGGACGGCGUUCCGCACACUAGAUUAUGGGUACACUAGGGUACAGGUGUUCAACAGCAGUCACUUGUCACUUGAACAAGUCAGCAUUGAUAAGGACUACCAAGUAAUAGACAGAAUAUGGAUCAUCAAAGAUAAACACGGUCCAGAGGCCUGGAAAGGAGGAGAAGAUAACACCGAGACCAGUGAGGAAACUGAUGAGAAAGUGUCCGAAAUUCAUGUAACAUCCGUGGAGUGACUCGAAUUUCGGGAGAACUUCUUCAGACAGUUGAAGUCGCUUUUGCGAAAGUUUUUGCAAGGAAUCGGUUACAAUGAUAGAGGAAGUCUGCUCCGCCAGUUACCACAUGAGAAAGUUCGAGUAUUUGUAUAUCGCAAAAAUGUGAAUUUUGUGCUUGCUGAUAGUUUGCUAACAACGUCUACGAGGAUCAAUAGACUUGAUUUUUCAUUCCUACAUUAGGGAACAAAUUGGUCGAGAGAAUGCAUCGUGAUACGAUCAAAAUCAAAACAUUUCUUCUCGGAGGGAAGUUCAGGUCUCUAUCUCGUGGCAAAAUAUGUGUGUCUGGUGAUCUUUUAAACAUUAAGUUUUUUCAGUACGUUAAGGCCUGUUCUGGUCAUCGGUUGAAGAUACUGCUUUCAACAACUCAAAAAUUAUAUCUGUAAAUUUGUGGCUGGUCCAUGCAAAAUAGCUUUCAAAUCGUAAGGAAUUUAUGACCCCUUCUUACUAUAAAUACUUUGCACGUAAUUUUUUGACGCACAAUUUUAAAAUACUUUCAAGCUUAGGCGGACCAUUGAGAUUAACUAACAAUCGUGUCGCUGCUUCGUCGAGCUUCCCUUAAGCUUUAAAAUAAGUUUGAGGGUCGUUAAUAGGUACGAGUCAAAAACCGACUCAACACUUCUGAUUGAUAACAGAAGACAUCUCUAUAAUCACAACCUAGUUCAGCUGCGCCGCGUUGUGUCCUUCUAAAAAAUUCUUCUUUACCUUCCUUACUUUCUGAACUAGCUUACCCAAAGGGAUUUUAAAUGAUAAAAAGUAAUGGCCUGAUUCGUAUUCCUUGGCUGAGCUUAGAAGAAACAGCAAGAAUAAGAAUGAGCUCAGUACAGUAGGUAAGAAAUAAAACAUAAAGUUUUCAUGGA